AAAACACUAUAAGAAGCUCAAUCUGUAACUCCAUCCUCAAGUUCUUCACUAACUCAAAAAAAAGAAUUAUCACCAAUGGAAGGCAAAUCUCUCAUUACUCUCAACAACAUUAACAACCAAACAACCUCCUCCUCUUCUUCUUCUUCUUCUUCUUCUUCCUCAUCACUCACAAAAAGACCAACAACCUUAGCAUCAUCAAAACAAGAAACCACUUACAAAAAACCUAACUGCAGUUACAAUACUGAAAAAACCAAGAAAAAUGAUGAUUCAGAACACUCUUUAUACCACGGUGUUCGAAAACGUAGCUGGGGAAAAUGGGUGUCUGAAAUUCGCGAGCCGAGAAAAAAAUCAAGAAUUUGGCUAGGUACAUUUGCUACAGCUGAAAUGGCUGCUAGAGCACAUGAUGUUGCUGCAAUUGCCAUUAAAGGUCCCUUAGCUUUACUCAAUUUCCCUGAAUUAGUCCAUCAAUUUCCUAAACCAGCUUCGAAAUGUGCUAAAGAUAUUCAAUCUGCAGCUGCAAAAGCUGCAGCUUUAGAUAUUUCUUCAAGAAAUUGUAUGGUAGAAAAGUGUAAAGGUGAGUUAAUGGAAGUGUCUUGUUCUCCUGAAGAAAUAGAAUCAAGAGAAUCAUCAUCUUUAAGAAGUAUUGAGGACCCUUUUCUUGAUUUGCCUGAUCUUUUAUUGGAUCUUAGUCAAGAAUUUGAUAAGUUUUGUUACUAUAAUUCACCAUGGGAUUUGACUGGAGCUGAAAGCAAUGACACUAAUUACUGUGAAUUUUGGCCCGAAGAAGAUCUCUGUUUGUGGGAUUACAGCCACAGAACUGAUCUCGAAGUCCCGCAGUGGUAGCAGUAUAAUUUUUCGACGAAAGAGAUUCAAUUGAACUAUGUAUUAAUAUUGAAAGAUACCAAUUUGUGGGAUAACAUUAACGGAAUCGCACUCGAAGUCCCCAACUGGACCGGUGGGGGAUUCAGUUUGAUACAGAGUUUAGCAAAAAAAGUGAAACUGAGUGACAAAAAGCUAGUAAUGAAGUAAUGAACCUUUCAUUGUAAAUAACCGAUGAAUAAUUAUUUUCUUGAUUUUA